CUCAGGAGAAAGGGAAAGUUGCUCUCUGGGUUGUCUGGGCUUCCUGUCCUGACCAGCCACGCUUUCCUGAGUUGCAAAGAAUCGAAAGUGCAUGCAGCUGAGGAAAUGCAAAGCAGCCGGAGUCGGGAACGUGAGCUGCUGCAUGAAUAUCCGUCUGUGAACCAGCCAGGAUCGGGGACGUGGCUUGUAAGGCGGCUGCCCUGCUGCAAAGGAGACCCACGGCUGCAGGAGGCUCAAGCAACAUGAUGGGAAUCCGUGUCGGACUGGUAGCUGAAUCGAUUCCUUAAUAUGCUUUUAUGUGUGGUCUGAUCGGUGGAAGAGGCACGGAGGCAGAAUACAUCACGGAGCAGAGCUCUCCCAGGCAGCCCCUCCGGACCCGCAGGGCACGACAGGCUGAUCGCCUCCGGGAGAGAAUUCACGGCAGCGAUCGGGAAGGAGCAAGAGAGAGAAAAAUCGAACUGGGAAGGGUGAGCUGUUGGCCAAAAAUUUGUCUUCCUAGCAUGAGGAUGGAAAUUGAGCCUUCUGCCCUGGCGAGGCUCUCCCUGCUGAAACUGGAAGCCAAACGUCCAUGCUGUCCAGAAGAUGGCAUAGGAACAGCGUCGCCUACCAGGGAGCUGGGGUCCUUUCUCACCUCCGUGCAUGCUGCUUGAACGGACCUGAAGCCUUUGUUUUUGGACUGAAGAAACCUGCGCACUGCUUGCCUUGAAAACCUUUCUCUCCUAAUUCAUGAGCCAGCAGGAUGUGGUCGCUGUGCUUUCAGAACGGCUUCUCAUAGCUGCGUACAAAGGCCAAGUGGAUAAUGUGGUGCAGCUUAUCAACAAGGGUGCCAAGGUAGCAGUUACCAAGCAUGGCCGGACCCCCCUGCAUCUUGCUGCCCACAAGGGUCACCUCCAUGUUGUCCAGAUUUUGUUGAAAGCAGGUUGUGACCUGGAUAUUCAGGAUGAUGGCGAUCAGACAGCAUUGCACCGGGCUGCUGUUGUAGGGAACACCGAUGUCAUUGCAACUCUCAUUCAAGAAGGUUGUGCUUUGGACAGACAAGACAAGGACGGGAAUACCGCUCUUCAUGAAGCUUGUUGGCAUGGAUUCAGUCAGUCUGCCAAAGUGCUCGUUAAGGCAGGAGCUAACGUGCUUGCCAAGAACAAGGCAGGUAACACCCCUCUGCACCUGGCUUGCCAGAACAGCCAUUCCCAGAGCACUCGUGUUUUGUUACUUGGAGGAUCCCGAGCAGACCUCAAAAACAAUGCAGGAGAUACCUGUCUGCAUGUGGCUGCUCGUUAUAAUCACUUGCCCAUCGUUAGGGUGCUGCUCAGUGCUUUCUGUUCUGUCCAUGAAAAGAACCAGGCGGGAGACACGGCGCUCCACGUGGCUGCUGCCCUGAAUCAUAGGAAGGUGGUGAAGCUGCUGCUGGAGGCCGGGGCCGAUACGGCAGUUGUCAACAACGCAGGUCAGACCCCUCUAGAGGUUGCCAGACAGCACAACAACCCCGAGGUUGCGCUUCUGCUCACUAAAGCAUCCCAGGUCUCACGCUUCAAUCGCGGCAGAAGCCUGAGGAAGAAGAGGGAGAGGCUGAAGGAGGAGAGGCGAGCUCAGUCGGUGCCACGGGAUGAGGUGGUACAGAGCAAGGGCAGCGUCUCGGCUGCUGACGACACCCAGAGCAGCGACCAGCCGCCCCAGAGGAAAACAGAUCUGAAGGAUGAGCCCCGGUCCACCUCUCCGGAUCCCAAAGGGAAGAAGAGCAAAAAGAAAAAGCCAAAGGAGAAGGUUUCAGCACUCUCUGACCCCAUUUCCCCGGCCGACCAGCAGACACUCCCUCGGCCCCAGCAGAACCUGCCAAAACGCAGAAGUAAACACCACUGCUCCUCCCCGCCGCCUCCCCACGAGGUCCGGGCCUACCAGCUCUACACCCUCUACCGAGGGAAGGACGGGAAGGUGAUGCAGGCGCCGAUCAAUGGAUGUCGCUGUGAGCCCCUGAUAAAUAAACUGGAGAAUCAGCUGGAGGCAACCGUGGAGGAAAUAAAAGCUGAGUUUGGGACAGUACAAGAUAAGAUGAAUGUUAAGCUGGGCCAGAUGGAAAGCAAAACUCAACAUCAACUCCGUGUUUUAGACAAGCUGAUGGCAGAGCGGCUGUCCGCAGAGAGAACUGAGUGCCUUCAUCGCCUGCAGCAGCAUGCUGAGCUGGAAAAAAACGAGGGAGAGAAGCGGCAGAUGUCCCUGGUGGAUGAGCUGAAGACCUGGUGCAUGCUGAAGAUUCAGAACCUGGAGCUGAAGCUUUCUGGAGACUCCAGGUCGUCGAGGCCAAAAUCAACGCUGUCCACCUGCGAGUCCCUGGCUGAGACCCUGGACACGGAGAACAACCCCCACAGCGCCAAGGACGGCAAAGCCCCCCAGCCCCUGCUGCCGUCGGAGGGCUCCCACCAGCACUCCUGUGCCACGCUGCCCAACAGCCUCUCGGAAGACGGGGGAAGGAGCAGAGGCCCCGGGCCAGAGCAGGGCUUUGGGCAGUUCUGCAUGCAGCAGGACGGCGCCUCGGGUAUGCCCCUGUCAGGUGCAGAGCAGCAGCUGAUGGCUGCUGGACCCGCUGCUGCUUCAGCCCCUGCUCCCGACGUGAGGCCGAAGGACAAAACCGGCGGCACCGGCACCUUCCAGCGGUUCCAGCCCGAGUUGCCCUCCGCCGAGCUCGUGGGCUCCAAACUGCGCCACGUGAAGGUUCAGGCGGCCCUGCAGCCCCUGGCCGAGCCUGCCAAGGCCGAGCCGCCGGGCGGCUGCUUCGUCGACAGAGGAACUCAGACAAAGAAAUCCAGCAAGGGCGCGCAGCCGAGGCACAAGGCGCCGCACCACGCCGGGGCCCAUCAGAGCCAGGAGCCGCCCGCGGGGCAGGCGCCGGCCCCGGCGCUCAGAGACACCUCGCAGGCCCUGGAGCUCACCCAGUAUUUCUUCGAGGCCGUUUCCACCCAGAUGGAGAAGUGGUACGAACGCAAGAUUGAGGAAGCCCGCUGCCAGGCCAACCAGAAGGCUCAGCAAGACAAAGCUGCGCUCAAGGAGCACAUCAGGAGCUUGGAGGAGGAGCUCAGUAAGCUAAGGACCAAGGUGCAGAAGGAAAGCUAGCGGGCGCCAGGCGGGGCGAGGCCAGCAGCAGGACGCCCUCUGGAAGCGGCAGGAAUCUGGGCUAGGUGUGGACACGUCCUUGUGGUGCCUGGCCCGUCCAAACAAAACGCUCUUUUUUCAGGAGUAGAAAUAACUUGGGACACUCCAGAACCCAGGAGCUUUGUAUGCAGAGUGUCCCGACCACCAGAUGCUGCAGAUCGACCCCUUCCUCCUUAUCUCCCACCACCCGUGACAUUUUGCACUCUCAACUUUCAGGUGCUGCUUGAAAACAAAUUGUGUUAAGAACCAAAACCGCGUGCCGAGAAGGGAAUUUUCUCAUUUCCACGUCAGGCAGGUGUGGCGAGGGGGUUCCACACGUAAACCUGAUGCCCAGACUGACAUAAAUCCCUGUUUGGGUGUUGGAGAGCCUGUGGCUCCUGCCGAGGUGAGCUGCCCUGUUAGGUACAGGGGCUUCUGUUGCCACAUUGCUUUUCUUUGGGUUUACAUUAUUAAAGGAAAUGCUAAAUCAGGACUUUUUACGGUGUCCUGGUGGCAAAGCGCCUCGUGGUUACGCAGUUGUGGGGGCUGUAUCGAGUGAUCUGGCUGAGGAGUUCUGUUUAGGGCACGGAUGGUGAGUAUUUUACCAUGACCACGCUCCACUUGCUGAGUGUAAUUUUUAUGGAAAGCUCUUCUCCUUCAGGCAGCAAACAGCUGAAUUCGCUGAAGAAGCUAGGACGCAGUCCUGUAAGGAAGUGAAAGCUUGGUUCCCUCUAUGCAGACGUUUAUUUUUCCGUAGGGUCAGGCUUUCCUCCCAGCUGCCUUUGUCUGGACUGCCUUCCUUCAUUCCCCUGAACAAUUCCGCUCUCUGUUUUCCCCCACAUCUCUAAAGAGAGGGACUGGGCCCUGGUGACUCUCCAGGUCUCAGGACUGAUCUCCAGCCCCGCAAAACAGAGCUCAGCAACAUUUUCACACUGUUAUGGAUGGUUUGCAACAAAAAUCACAGCUUGCAGUGACUUCCUGACAGGCACCACACCGUAAUUCACAGAGGGUCACAUUUCCACUUGUGUUUGUUCCAGCAGUAACACCCAAAUUCAUCAGCCACGUUUGGGUCCUGGCGCGCUGCGUGCACGAGGGGCAACGUAACUUGUUCCUGCAUCCCUGUAGGGUUCCCUCCGUGCUCCUCUGGGAAGGCUCCUCGAGAUCCCCUUGCUACGAGUCAAUGUGCUCAACGACCCCUGACAGAACACUUGUACAAAACCAAUUCAAAUACAAGGUGGCAGCAGAUGCCAAGGAGAAAGAUUUAUUUUUUCUAUACCGCGGAGCCCUAAAAUUAAUACAAACCACUUUCCAGUAUUGAAGACACCAUUAACGAACUAGCAAUUAAGCUUUCUGUGCUCUUAGCAGCUGUAUAAAGCGAAGAAGAAUUGUACUAUAUAACUAUUUUUAAAAAUUCCUAUUAAUGCACUAUCGAAGCAGGAAGUGUGCGUGCAGCUACGGCAACACUAGUUUUAUUGCUCUGACUUCCAUAGGCAUAUAGACACUUUCGUAUGUUUACAAUUUUGUUUAAGCGACUGUAGGAAUGCAGAAGCAUGCUAUUUAAGUUUUAUAUCCCCUUGAUAAAGUGACUUGUUUUGCCAAGUAAUUAAAAUACGUGUUGCUCAGAA